AUGAUCUUACGACCAGCCGGCCUCAUUCACCUGCUCCUCAUCAGAGUCAGCUUGUCAUGUUUGCUCGAAAAUGGAAGGAGUGCCGUAUACUUAUCCGUCGUCGAGGAUGUGAAACCCGGCGACGUUAUUGGACACAUUCCAAUUGAGGGCAGGACUAAUGGUGCGGAACCGGAUAUACAGUUACGAGUAGUUAAAGGUGAAGACAUCGCACACAUCGUUCCCGGCUCGAAGGACCUUGUUAUUGAAAAGGAACUAGACAGAGACGAGGGUCAAGGAAAACUUGAACUUGUUGUUGAAUGUACAUCACGAAAUUUGGAUAGCGAUUUCAGUCAGCUGAAUAUAUCUGUAUUUGUCACUGUCCAAGAUGUUAAUGAUAAUGCUCCUGUUUUUGAUGCUCCUGCAUAUAAUAUAACUGUCAAGGAAGAGUUACCAAUAGGUACAAUCGUAUUUGCCGAUUUUGAAGCAACAGAUCGUGAUCAACCUGGACCAAACAGUUUUGUUCUAUAUUCCAUAGCACCUGGGCCCCAUUCGGACCUUCUCGAAAUAGCAGAUCAAUUCAGACCAGUUGUCACUGUAAAGAAUCGCAUCGAUUACGAAACAAUCCAAAAAUUCGACGUUACUUUGGUGGCAAAAGAUCAAGGCGAACCGUCAUUAUCUUCAUCCGUACCUCUACAUGUAACUGUAGAGGAUGUGAAUGAUCUACCACCGUAUUUCAAACGACAAUAUUAUACUUGUCGAAGCAUCAAGGAUAAUGUGCUAGUCGUUGAACCGGAGCCAAUCGUUGCCCGUGAUGGUGACGAGCUGGAUGACGAUAUCGAAUACGGGAUUUUCGGAGAAUUUUCCAAUCAUUUCAACAUUGACCGGGAUGCGAAGAUCGUUGUGAAGCUUCCACCUGCUCCACCAAGGGCAACAUUUUUCAUCUAUGCACGCGAAAAGAACAAUCCGGACAAAAAUGCUACUGCAAUACUUUCCCUUAAUCUUGAAAAAUCCAUACGAUUCGAACAUGACUCCUAUUCUCUCAAGAUAUCACCUGCUAUACCUUUGCACACUGUUCUACUUACAGUGAAGGCGUUCUCAAGUCAGGGAUCUGCAGUUCGCUACUCUCUUGGAAAUGUGAAUGCUGUUGUGGCAGUAGGUGAGACUACCGGACAGGUCACAUUUGCCGGUUUGCCCAAAGUGAAAUCAGGAGUUAUGCAGUAUGAGAUCCUGGCUACGAAUAGGAUUGAGACUACAAAAGCAAAGCUGACCGUUUUGAUUGAAACCGAGUCAGAUUGCUGCGCUCGGAUGGAAUUCGAAAAACCCGAAUAUCACCUGCAGAUGGGAUCCUUACCCGUGUUGGGUACAAUCAGCGUCCGUGGACAACAAAGGCCUAGCUACAGACUGAUGAACCUGAACCAGUACUUUCUCAUCGACCAGGAAGGAGUUGUUCGUCUACAGGCUGAAUCUCGUCCACCCUGUGCUGUAUGUGAAUUGGUAGUGCUUGCCUCACGAGACGAUGGAGCUAUCAGUGUGGCCAAGGUAAUUACUGUCAAAAAUCCCUCUUUUGCUGUUUCGUCGACAUCGGCGCUUACGAUACUAAUACUGAUCAUCUUAGCAUUGAUAUUCGCACUAUUACUCGUUAUCGUCUUCAGGAAGGUGCAUUACGCAUGGAAGAGUCAGAAACGAACUAACAUUUGCUGGAUGAACACAACCAACGACAACGGAAUUACCAUAACUGGCACAACGCCAAGUGGAACCAGGCAUUUUAGCCGGCACUACGUCGUAAACGCCGACAAGGAGAAGAACUUUGAAGCAACAAAGUCGCCCGCUCCAAAAAGAACUGCUGGAGCACAUUUAGUGCCGGUGACGGUCACCACGCAAGACGGAGCGCCGACAGUAUAUUUUUGAUUUACUGACCUCGUCUCUUUCCCAUGUUUGUUCAGCGAAAUCCGGUAAUGCGAAGUGUCUAGUGACAGCGUUUCUCACUUACCCAUUAGUUUCGAGGUAAUUAGAUGUUUUUGCAAAGUAAUCAUUAAUCAAAACGGUGCCAACCAAUGUUGAUGCUCACUAUUUUUCCACCUCUUCUCUGCUCUGCGGUGUAUGAAGUUUGAGUAGCGAAUAUGAGAAGAAAACCUUCAUUAUUCAAUUUUCCCGAAAAUUUGAUGUCACAACCAGCAAAGCACCAGGUCGUAAUUCACUAUUUCUUUCCUUCACUUCGAAC